CCCAGUCGCUCGCCAAUCCGCGCGUGGUUCCGAUCCGGACUCCAUUUCCCCGAAGGCCUCGCUGCCUGAGGCGGCCUGUCGGGGCCUCGGCGUCUUGGCGGCGGUUGGUGGAGCCGGCGCUUCGGGCCCGUCCCUGGUGCUGCCUGCGUGUUUACCUGCGUCUCGCCGGCGGCGCUUCCCGCCCGCCCACUUCACCCCGCCCUUCCCGCAGAGAGCGGCGCCCGCCGGAGCCCGGCCCCUGAUCCGGCGCCCCCCGAGGUCGGCACGCCCCUCCGCGGCUCCCUGCGGCUCGGCGAGGACCCCGUCCGGGCUGCCGUCGCCUCGUCGCCAUGGCGCCCACCAUCCAGACUCAGGCCCAGCGGGAGGACGGCCACAGGCCCAAUUCCCACCGGACUCUGCCUGAGAGGUCUGGAGUGGUCUGCCGAGUCAAGUACUGUAACAGCCUUCCUGAUAUCCCUUUCGACCCCAAAUUCAUCACCUAUCCCUUCGACCAGAACAGGUUUGUCCAGUACAAAGCCACUUCCUUGGAGAAACAGCACAAGCAUGACCUCCUGACUGAGCCAGACCUGGGGGUCACCAUCGACCUCAUCAACCCUGACACCUACCGCAUCGACCCCAAUGGUAUGUGGGGAAGACAGGGAGGGUGUGCUCUUGGUCAGCAAAGGCCAGGCCUGGGCCUCCCUCAUGGUCUUCCCGCCCCCUCGCUUCCUCUAGUCCUCCUAGAUCCAGCUGAUGAGAAGCUUUUGGAAGAGGAGAUUCAGGCCCCCACCAGCUCCAAGAGAUCCCAGCAGCAUGCGAAGGUGGUGCCGUGGAUGCGUAAGACAGAGUACAUCUCUACUGAGUUCAACCGUUAUGGUAUCUCCAAUGAGAAGCCUGAGGUCAAGAUCGGAGUUUCUGUGAAGCAGCAGUUUACCGAGGAAGAAAUAUACAAAGACAGGGAUAGCCAAAUCACAGCCAUUGAGAAGACUUUUGAAGAUGCCCAGAAAUCAAUCUCCCAGCAUUACAGCAAACCCCGAGUAACACCGGUGGAGGUCAUGCCUGUCUUCCCAGACUUUAAGAUGUGGAUCAACCCAUGUGCUCAGGUAAUCUUUGACUCAGACCCAGCUCCCAAGGACACCAGUGGUGCAGCUGCGUUGGAGAUGAUGUCUCAGGCCAUGAUUAGGGGCAUGAUGGAUGAGGAAGGGAACCAGUUUGUGGCCUAUUUCCUGCCUAUAGAGGAGACGCUGAAGAAACGGAAGCGGGACCAGGAGGAAGAGAUGGACUAUGCACCAGAUGAUGUGUAUGACUACAAGAUUGCUCGAGAGUACAACUGGAAUGUGAAAAACAAAGCUAGCAAGGGCUAUGAGGAAAAUUACUUCUUCAUCUUCCGAGAGGGUGAUGGGGUUUACUACAACGAGUUGGAAACCAGGGUCCGCCUUAGUAAGCGCCGGGCCAAGGCUGGGGUUCAGUCAGGCACCAAUGCCCUGCUUGUGGUCAAACACCGGGACAUGAACGAGAAGGAGCUAGAAGCGCAGGAGGCACGGAAGGCCCAGCUGGAAAACCACGAACCGGAGGAGGAAGAGGAAGAGGAGAUGGAAGCAGAAGAGAAAGAAGCUGGGGGCUCAGGUAGAGCUGGACAGGCCAGACUCUGGGAGGCCUGGGAGGGGGAGACUGGGUCUCACCUCUCUGCUCUUUUCCAGAUGAGGAGCAUGAAAAGGGCAGCAGCAGCGAGAAGGAGGGCAGUGAGGAUGAGCACUCAGGCAGUGAGAGUGAACAUGACGAGGGUGACAGGGACGAGGCCAGUGACAAGAGUGGCAGCGGUGAGGACGAGAGCAGUGAGGAUGAAGCCCGGGCUGCUCGUGACAAAGAGGAGAUCUUCGGCAGUGAUGCGGAUUCCGAGGACGAUGCUGACUCUGAUGAUGAGGACAGAGGACAGGCCCAAGGUGGCAGCGACAAUGAUUCGGAUAGUGGUAGUGACGCGGGUGGCCAGCGGAGCCGCAGCCGCAGUCGCAGCCGCAGUGCCAGCCCCUUUCCCAGUGGCAGUGAGCAUUCAGGCCAGGAGGAUGGCAGUGAAGCUGCAGCGUCCGAUUCGAGUGAAGCUGACAGUGACAGUGACUGAGUCGCAGGGCUUUUGGGGCUGGCACAGACACCAUUAUGAGCAGGAAGGCCCUUUUCUAGUGGUCUUUGUGAGCCCUUCAUGUGUUUGCCCCCCACCCCAAACCUUUCUUGUUAAUAAAGCCAACUUCUCUUUACUUCCCCUCCUUGCCCCUGUGGUCUCAUUCAGCCCAGCCCCCCACCCCAGGUGCUCAAGGACCUCAGCUUGAGGCAUAGAAACAAAGGCCACAGAGGCAGGGCCACUGGGUUUCCCACAAAAUGUAUCACGACAAAGAUCAGAAUUCUUUUUUUGUUUUUGUUUUUUUCCAAAAUAAGCCCAGACCAUUAAACAAGUGAAACUCCAA